AUGCCGAGAGACUGCAGCUUGCACAUUCCAGUUCUGUAUCUUCACUCCAUCGCGUUAUCUCCCUUCAACCUGGUUUCGGCCGCUUUCAUCCCAGCACCUCGUAAUAACCUCCAUGCCGAGCGACGGGAAGAAACUCUUGGACGACGGGCUAAUGCGAUGUUCUCGAGUCAGGUGUGCCAAACUUCCGAGAAACAUCUGGGUAUCAUCACCUUCCCCAAAGGUGCUCUUUCCCCUAUGGCGCUCACGGCUGGCGUUGCUCGUAAUACUGGCCAAGGCCGAAUUGCAGGCCGAACCCAGACGGACUUUGUGCCGGGCAGUCCAGCAAACGCGCUCCAGGUUGUUUUUCUGCUUGGCGAAACACCGUCCAGUUAG